AUGGAGACAGCGAGACAUAUUAACGACCUUCCCGACGACGUCCUCGCUAGGAUACUACUAUGGCAUUGUGCGGAGUCUACUACACCUUCGAAACCCGACAGUGACACGUUAUGGUCUCAGCAUGCAUGGUCGUCGAAGCCACUGUACCUUCGCUCGAUCGAUUUAGAAGACGAAGAUGAUCUCAGUCGCGAGGAAGCGUAUCCAGUAUCGUCCCCCUCCGCCUUUCCAACCGCUGCCUGGAUCUUCCUCGUGUCGUCGGUGUGCCGUCGUUGGCGCGAUGUAGCUCACCGUGACGUCUCCACCCUCCUCGUCGAACGAAAUCGUUCCAUUCUCCUCCAACAACUCUCGAAUACCGUCGCGUGCUUCCCGAACCUCACCCAUCUCCAUCUGUGCGACGACAGCGUGGAAACCCUAGACGACACCUUCCUCGCUCACCUCGCGUCAUCCUGUCCUCAGCUCAAGAUUCUCCACGUGGGGCGCUGGAUCACUCACCAGCCGGACUAUGUCGGACCGAAGGAAGAGCACCCGAUCACCGAGGCUGGUCUGGAUCGCUUCUUCCAGCGAUGCACUCAGCUGGAGCAGCUUUCACUGCUCUGCCUCCAUCGGGACACUGAGCUACCCGCUUCCUUCUUCCGCCUCACGCGUCUGCACACCCUGGCUUUAACAGCCGCCUCCGCCUUAGAAGCUCCAGAUUUGGAGAGCCUCAGCUCUCUCACCAAUCUUCAUAUGACCUGCAGGGAGUGGGAGCAACUCUCGAGUGUACGUCGUCUUUCCAGCAACACCAGCGUUUCACUCUUUGCCGGGCCCACGUUUGAUGUCGGAUUGCUGUCGGAUUGGCCACUGACCAGUCUAGAACGGCUGCGGAUAUCAUGUUGCAGAGAAUUGGAGCGGCUUCCGGACGCCAUUGCGGAGUUGCUGCCGCGUCUGCGUGAGCUGACCGUUUCCAGUUGCGAGGCCUUGGAGGAGCUGCCGGAGGGUGUCUGUUCCCUGGAGCACCUCGAGACCUUAUCAAUCAUGGAUUGCGAGCGCUUCAGCUGCCUGCCUGAAAACAUCGGGAGUUUGACUGCCCUGAAAACCCUGGUUCUGGAUACUCUGCUGCUGCUGGCAUUCCUCCCUGACUCCGUCUGUCAGCUCAGCUCCCUGGAGACCUUCUUCCUGCUUCCAGCUCUCUCGUACUCAACUGGCGAGCUGCCAGCAGACUUCUGCUGCCUCACGGCUCUCACGACGCUCUGCCUGGGGGGAGUGGCACUUCCAGCGGACAUAGGACGCCUGAGAAACCUCCACACGCUGCUUCUCAGAGACAGCUACAUUUCUCCGCAUCUCCCGUGCUCGUUAUUGGAGGUCGCGUCGCUGACGAGGCUUGAGCUGAAUGGGUGCGACGUGGAGCUGCUGCCAGAGGGCGUGGGGUCGCUCAGCAACCUGCGCGACCUGCACGUCUCAUGGUGCCCUCAGCUCACGGCCCUUCCAGCGUCCGUGACGGCCCUGACUGCCCUGGAAGCUCUCUCUCUCGCUGAAUGCAAGAAUCUGGCCUCGGUGCCCACAAGGCUGGACGGCUUGACACGGCUCAAGCGGCUGGAGGUGGCCCGAUGUGACAGGCUGGCACAGCCUCCUCAAGUCCUGCCGGCUUCGGUUGAAUGGCUGAGUUGGGGAAGUAGCUGGAGUCAGAAGCAGGCCAUGGCUCUGCCAGACGUCUCCACGCUGACAGGGCUUCGGACGCUCUGCCUGGACGAGGUUUCUGUGGUGUAUGGGGUCGCUGUGAGCAGAAGCCUGUCGCACCUGGAGCAUUUGCAUCUGACUCUGGCAGACGAUACUGAGGAGCUUCCAUUCGCCUUGACGUUCCUCUCCCGCCUGCGCACCUUGAUCAUUGACAGCGCGUUGAGUCUCCAAAGGCUGCCGGCCGACAUCGGGUCCGCAGUGCCGCAGCUGCGGAAGCUGAAGCUGGUAAAUGCGGGCGAGUUGAGGGAGCUGCCAGCGAGUGUGGCAGAACUUCAGAACCUCACGAGCUUGGUUUGCUACGCGCGCAAACUGGCUUCUCUGCCGCAUGCUAUCGGUGCUUUAUCCAGGCUGCAGGAGCUGCACCUCAUUGGCUGCGAGCAGCUUGAGCAGCUGCCUGCCUCUCUCACCCAGCUUGCCUGCCUGAACAAGCUGUCGAUCCGAGACAGCCCCAUUCGUUCCCUAUGUUCCCACGCUGCACAGUUCACGCGGCUCAUAUCCCUCGAUCUGUCAGGCUGUGUGCAGCUGGAGGCAUUGCCGGGGGAUUUGAGUGCGCUGAAGGCACUGCAGGAGCUGAAAUUGUUCAGGUGUGAGCUUGUGAAGGACACUGAUGGGUCUCCCUCUGCUCUGCCCUCUUCUCAGCCCUCUGCUCUGCCCCCUAUUGCCAUGCCAUGUCACCAUCCACGCCGCUGCCUCUCAGUCAGCACUGCCCCUCAGCGCUGCCUGCUGCAACAGGUUCUGCAGGCGCACGCAGCACCACUCCCGCCAGGUCAUUUGGGCGCAGAGAGGAGGAGCAGGAAACGGGAGUUGCGCCACUGA